AUGGCUUCCCGGCCAUCUGUCCCUCAUGCUGUGCUUGGAGCCUCGGUGCCUGCAGCCCCCGGCCUCAUCCUGCUCCUGCUCCUCCUGCCCCCCACCCAAGUUGCAGCCAUAGCCCACGGAACACCCCAGGAUCGAGGGUACUCUGUCCCUUUCUCCUCAGCCUGUGCCAUCGUUACAAUACAGGGGAAGAUUGUGGGGGGCGUGGAUGUCCCAGAGAGGAAGUGGCCAUGGCAGGUCAGCGUGCACUAUGCAGGCUUCCGCUGUGGAGGGUCCAUCAUCGAUGAGUACUGGAUCCUGUCGGCAGCCCACUGCUUCCAGAAGGAGAAGAACACUGAAGCAUUUGAUAUGUACGUGGGCCUUGUGGACCUCAGGGUUGCAGGCAAUCACACCCAGUGGUUCGAGGUGAACAAGGUGAUCAUUCACCCUACGUAUGAAGUGUACCACCCUAUUGGAGGGGACAUUGCCCUGGUGCAGCUGAAAUCUCGCAUUGUGUUUUCUGACUCUGUGCUCCCAGUCUGCGUUGCACCCCCAGAUGUGAACCUUCAGAAUGUCAUUUGCUGGGCUACAGGAUGGGGACUUGUCUCCAAAAGUGGCCACACCUCAGACAAGCUGCAGGAGGCACAGAUGCCCCUGAUUCACUGCCCGUGCCAGCUGCUCUACGGACACUGUCAGAUAUUAUUGAUGGACAUGCUCUGUGCCGGGGACUCAAGAAACGUGAAGACUGUGUGCGAGGGUGACUCUGGCGGCCCACUCGUCUGUGAAUUCAACCAAACCUGGUUGCAGGUUGGAGUGGUGAGCUGGGGCCGUGGAUGCACAUACCCUAUGUAUCCUGCAGUUUAUGCGCGGGUCUCCUAUUUCUCAAAGGCCCCUGGAGACCCAGCUAAAGAGACCUUUUUACAUGGAGUAGGCUCCCUGCUAAGAGGCCUUGGCGAGGCCGCUGCAGGAGUGAGCGUGCCAGGGACACAGCGCCCACACCUCACUGAGUGA